GCGCUCAACAUCGAUUCUAGACUUACUUAUUCUACAAGCUUAAUUGAAACAACCCUAGUAUGCUUCUUCUCUACUUCCUUCAUGUACCAUACGUCUUGAUUAUUACAUCGAAGCUAACAUUACCAAAGCAAUGCUCGUCCCCUCGGUCCAAACCAUCUUCCUAGGCUUAUCAGCCCUAUCCUCCCUCACUGCCCACGGCGGAGUGAUCAAAGCCAAUUCUUUCAAGGAUUAUCGCCUCAAACCAAUCGAAAUCCCUGGCGAAGUUGGAAAACGCGAUGCUCCUUUCAACCCCGACCACCCUUUUGACGAUUUGCGCAUCCCCAUCGAUAAACGCGAUGGUGCAUUUACGCCCGGCAAAAACCCUCCCUUCGAGCUAGGCGUCAAACCAGUUCCCGUCUCGGUCGACCUUAGAAUGCGCGACAUCAUCCAAAAGCGCAAAGACGAAUCAGGAGUGCGCUUAGCCGACGACGGCAGCACGUUCCUAGGACGCCGAGAUUCAUGUCAUGCCAGCUCCGACGCUAUCCCAGCCGGCGCUACUCUCAAGUCAGUCUGGACCAUCAGCGAACUCGCCAACAACGAUGGCCUCAAGUACACGCCCAUCCCCGGCCCCGAUGGAGUUCCCAGCCUCAGCGCAAAGGUGGAAAUCUUUGACGAUCAAGCCGUGCGAUACCUCACGUUCUUUGGUGCGGACGAUAUGCCUGCCAACGUUGCUUAUUACCUCAAGCCGGGUGCUGGUUUGAAGCCUCGUUCCAUUGUUGUACAUAAAGGGUCGAAGUGCCCGGUGGUUCUCCAGCCUACGGACCGUGCGUUGCGUAUUCAGUAUGAGGUUUAUGAGAUCCCGGUCUUGACGAACACAGAAACGUAAGGGAGCUUGUUACUUUUGUUCGAGAUACAGCACCGCGGCGGUUUAUCGUGGUGGUGGGGUUUUCCUGGGAGCAGCUUUUGUGGCGGCGGUUGUCGAUGCUGGUUUAUGUAUGUUAAGAUAGGCUGGUUGGGAUAUCUCCGAACGCAGCAGUUUAAUCUAUUCCAUCUCAUGCUCCAUCUUUGCC